AUGGCAAAUGCCUGGAAAAGAGAAAACAACAAACAGCCUAAACUCCUCUCUCCCAUCCUUCUCCUCCUCUCACUCUCUCUCCUUCUCCUCCUCUUUAUCUUCUUCUUCUUUGCUCGAUCCCCAUCGAAUCCUCCUAACUCCACACUAUAUGUAUCACAAGUUUACCCAAUCCCUCCUUUUAAUUGCUUAAAAUCUCCACAAGCUCAUCCUGUGGUUGCCAACAUAGUGGAAAACCUCAAAUACCCCUUUCUCUACUCUCUCUCGGAUUUCGGGUCCUUGCCCGACAAGCCCCACAAGAACAUUGUGAGGUUCCUGAAAGGAAAGCCUUUCAGGAAGCCAGAUAUUUCAGCUACAAUUCAGCAACUUCUUGAAGGAAUGAAAAGGAGAAAUGGGUUGGUUGUGGAUGUUGGGGCUAAUGUGGGAAUGGCGAGUUUCGCAGCGGCGGUUAUGGGUUUUAAAGUGCUGGCUUUCGAGCCAGUGAUUGACAACCUUCAGAGGAUUUGUGAUGGGAUUUGGUUUAAUCGUGUUUCAGACUUGGUUACUGUUUUUGAGGCCGCUGUCUCUGAUCGGAUUGGGAAUAUCACUUUUUAUAAGCUGGUAGGUCGGCUUGACAAUAGUGCUGUUUCAGCCACUGGUGCAAAGUUGGCAUUCAAGUCCAACGAAGAAAUAGCAGUUCAAGUAAGGACCAUUCCCCUUGAUGAACUAAUUCCAGAUUCAGAACCUGUGUUGCUUCUCAAAAUUGAUGUCCAAGGAUGGGAAUAUCAUGUGCUUAAAGGGGCUGUAAAAUUACUGUCAAGAAAGAAAGAUGAAGCCCCUUACCUAAUCUAUGAGGAAGAUGAACGGUUGCUGCAAGCGAGCAACAGUAGUGCCAAAGAGAUCCGGGAUUUCCUCCAUAGUGUUGGUUAUAGUCACUGUGUCCAGCAUGAUACAGAUGCCCAUUGCACCAAGGAUUAG